UGAGUCUAGCAUUAUAGGAAAUAAAAGAGUGCAUUACAUAUGGAAGGCUGAGAAGCAAACCAUCAAGAAAUAACUAAAGAUUCUUGUCUUUAUGUUUCAGGUAAUACGGUGCAGACCCUGGGGAGGUACCAUGUCAAACUGGUGAAUGGCCGUAACAGGUGUGAGGGCAGAGUGGAGGUGCAAUACAAUGGUUCGUGGGGUACGGUGUGCGACGACGAGUGGGACAUGGUGGACGCCAACGUGGUGUGCAGGCAGCUGGGAUGUGAGGUGGCUGUGGCCGUGGGCAGCAGCUCCCAGUUUGGACAAGGCGCUGGACUCAUUGCGCUGGAUAACGUUGACUGCCAGGGAAGUGAAACAGACCUGAGUCAGUGUCACAGCCUUGGCUGGGGUGUCCACAACUGCUACCACUAUGAGGAUGUGGGAAUCACCUGUAGAGAACCAAUAGCUCUGGGGGAAAGAGGGUUUCCACAGCCCAUCACAACUCCCAUGGUGAAUUCUGGAUUACGUGAUGGCGCUCUCCGUUUGGUGAAUGGCCAGAACUCCUGCCAAGGCCGGGUUGAGAUCUACUACCAGGGAAACUGGGGGACGGUUUGCGAUGAUGACUGGAGCCUCCGCAAUGCCAUGGUGGUGUGCCAGCAGCUAAGCUGCGGAAGCGCCGUCCAUGCGAAAACCAACUCCUACUUUGGCUAUGGUACCGGGCUCAUUCUUCUAGACAAUGUCAACUGCCACGGCGGUGAACAGGAGCUGAUGAGGUGCAAAAGCCUGGGCUGGGGGAAACACAACUGUGGACAUCAUGAGGAUGCUGGGGUCAUCUGCACUGGAGUAAGCACUGCUCCGCCUGCAGUUACAGCAGCACGGAAGAUUAAUUUGGAAACGACAGAGAUCACAGUCACAGAAACAAUUUCAACAACCAGGCCAACAACAACUACAACAACAACAGUUUCCACUACAACACAGUCUCCAGUCAAAACGUCCAUCCGUCUGAGGAACGGCAACAGCAGCUGUCAGGGUCGCGUAGAGGUUCUCUACAAAACCGUGUGGGGAACCGUGUGUGAUGAUGACUGGGACCUCACUAACGCUGACGUGGUGUGCAGAGCAGUCGGAUGUGGCCCAGCUUUGUUUGCCAAGACUCAGGCCUUCUUCGGCUACGGUUCGGGUCCCAUCCUUCUGGAUAACGUGGAAUGUAGGGGCACAGAACGCGACCUGUCCCAGUGCUUCCACCUGGGCUGGGGUCAGCACAACUGCGGCCAUCAUGAGGAUGCUGGUGUUAUCUGUGCAUUGUUUGAGCCCAAGGUUUUUCCCAUCAAUGGACGUUAUUUCACAGCAACAGAAACUAUACCAGCAACUACAACUCCCUCUGGAGGAACUCUGAGACUGGUGGAUGGCCAGCACGGCUGUGAGGGUCGAGUGGAGAUGUGGCUGAAUUCCGGAUGGGGCACAGUGUGUGACGACGCCUGGGACCUUCCUGAUGCCCAGGUUGUGUGUCGUGUGGUGGGCUGUGGAGAAGCCAUGCAGGCUUGGGGAGAAGCGCACUUUGGACCUGGCACAGGAACAAUCCAUCUGGACAAUCUGAAGUGCAGCGGUGCUGAAACCUCCCUGCUGGAAUGCUCCCAUAUACCUUGGAAUGUGCACAACUGUGAUCACUAUGAAGACGCUGGUGUGACCUGCUCCCUGUCGUGAUCUCAACACGACCUCACUCCUAUCUCCAGCCCUGCUAGGACUUGUACACAUAAUGUAAAUACCAGCUUUCACAUUGUUGAAGGUAUAUUCCAUGUAAUAAUAUACAAAGUAAAAUUAUAAAUAUUAAGCACUUUAUAAAUAUAUUAUAUGCUUUAACUGUCUAGCAUCCUGUAUUUGUGCUAAUAAUUGUUGUGCAUGUUAUACUCUGACAAUCAAGGACGCCCAUCAUUGAAAUAUAUUUUGAAAACAUUGAAGAAAGAAUAAGCAUAUUAAAAAUGUAUAUGAUAAGAGAACAAAUGAAGGACCUGACAAUGUAAAACAGUGGUUCCAAGAGUAGGGGGUGCCCAGUGCAAUUGAAGGGGGAAGAAAUGAAUUGAAUGAAUGACUCUUUUUGAAAGGUAUUUAAAUAAAAUGCAUUGAUAUUGAUGUUGAAUUCUGUUACACAGUAAAAUACACAGUAAAAUAAACAG